CGAGAGCCAGUCUGUCUCCAAGGGAACUAAACUCUCCAAAUCGUGAUGAAGAAACAGAACGUACGCACCCUCGUUCUCAUCAUGAGCAUCUUUACCUACCUGCUGGUCGGGGCUGCCGUCUUCGACACUCUGGAGUCCAAACAAGAGAGAAGCCAAAAGAGAAAGCUGGACGAGAGGAAGUGGGAGUUAAUACAAAAAUACAACUUGACCAAAGUGAACUUUGAUGAGCUCGAAGUCGUGAUGCUGCAACUGAAACCGCACAAAGCCGGGGUGCAGUGGAAGUUCGCCGGAUCUUUUUACUUCGCUAUCACUGUGAUAACUACAAUAGGGUACGGCCAUGCUGCACCCAGCACGGACUCAGGGAAGGUGUUCUGCAUGUUCUACGCCCUCCUGGGGAUCCCCCUGACCCUUGUCAUGUUCCAGAGCAUGGGAGAACGCAUCAACACACUGGUCCGCUUCCUUUUCCAUCGGGUCAAGCAGUGUCUGGGCCUGCACCACACCGAGGUGUCCAUGGCCAACAUGGUGACCGUCGGCUUCUUCUCCUGCAUGUCAACGCUGUGUGUCGGGGCGGCAGCCUUCUCCCACUACGAGGGCUGGAGCUUCUUCCACGCCUACUACUACUGCUUCAUCACCCUGACCACCAUCGGCUUCGGGGACUACGUGGCGCUGCAGAAGGACCACGCCUUGCAGAACGACCCGCGCUACGUGGCGUUCUGCUUCGUAUACAUCUUGACGGGACUCACCGUGAUCGGCGCCUUCCUCAACCUGGUUGUGUUGAGGUUCCUGAUGAUGAACACAGAGGACGAACGGCGCGACGCCGAGCAGAAAGCCCUCCUCUCCACGAGGGGUGAGAAGAACGCCGACGGCGGUCUGUCUGCUGUUUCUGUCUCGGCCUCCACUUCCUCCUCCACUCCCCUAGCCACUACUACCGGCGGCACCAAGCGAGGCCCGAAGGAUGUGUACAACGAGGUGCUGGGCUUCCAGACAGUGUGUUCGUGUCUGUGGUACCGCAGCAGGGAGAAUCUGCAGGGCCAGGGAUCCAUCCCAAUGAUUAUAAACCGGGACCUGGGCUUCUCUGACCAAUACGUAGAGAACUGUACCAUGCUCUCUCCUCACUGGGACAUGAUGUCCUCUCACUACUGUGAGCCAGGUGAUACAGGGUGUGUAUGCAGCCCUAACCAGUGCAUCAGUUCCAUAGCCUCUGGCUUAAACUUCCUCACCCCAUUCAGGGCCUUCUCCAAGAGACGCAGCUCGGUCUAG